UGCUGCCAUCGGACGGGCGGGGCUGGAGCUCCGCUCUGGGGCCCCGGGGCGACCGUGGUUGAGGAGAUGGAUGAGGUGAAGGAGAUACAGCGCGCGUGGCCCCGGGCGGCUCAUCACUCAGCAGCCGCCCCCGCAGCGGAGGGGUCGGGGCGGGAGUCCGGCCAUAGAUAAAGGCGAGCGGGGGACAGGGCGGCCGCAGCAGCAGGAUGAGCGGGGCAGACCGGAGUCACGCUGCAGGAACGGCCCCCGACCAGGACCCCGGCCGGGCGGCGGUCGCCUCGGCCUACCAGCGCUUCGAGCCCCGCGCCUACCUCCGCAACAACUACGCGCCCCCUCGGGGCGACCUGAGCAGCCCGGACGGCGUCGGGCCUUGGAAGCUGCGCUGCUUGGCACAGACUUUCGCCACCGGUGAGGUGUCUGGGCGCACCCUCAUUGACAUUGGUUCAGGCCCCACCAUAUACCAGCUGCUCAGUGCCUGUGCCCACUUUGAGGACAUCACCAUGACAGAUUUCUUGGAGGUGAAUCGCCAAGAGCUGGGGCUCUGGCUGCGAGAAGAGCCGGGGGCCUUCAAUUGGAGCGUGUACAGCCAGCAUGUAUGCCUCGUUGAGGGCAAGGGUGAAUCCUACCAGGAGAAGGAGCGCCAGCUGCGAGCCAGGGUGAAGCGGAUCCUGCCCAUUGAUGUGCACCAGCACCAGCCCCUGGGCACUGGGAGCCUGGCGCCCCUGCCUGCCGAUGCCCUGGUCUCUGCUUUCUGCCUGGAGGCUGUGAGUCCAGACCUUGCCAGCUUCCAGAGGGCCCUGGACCACAUCACCACACUGCUGAGGCCUGAGGGGCACCUCCUCCUCAUCGGGGCCCUGGAGGAGUCGUGGUACCUGGCUGGCGAGGCCAGGCUAGCAGUGGUGCCGGUGUGUGAGGAGGAUGUGAGGGAGGCCUUGAUGCGUAGCGGCUAUGAGGUGCGUGAUCUACGCACCUACAUCAUGCCUGCCCACCUUCGGACGGGUGUAGAUGAUGUCAAGGGCAUCUUCUUCGCCUGGGCCCAGAAGAAGGUGGGGCUGUGAGGCCCCAGUGCAUCCAGUGCUGUCAGCCCUCACCCACCCAGAUUCCCUAUUAUCCGAGGUGGCAACUAAUAAAAAAUUAAGUCCCUU